AUGAGGCAGAAACCCAGCAAGGUGUAUGCAAAUUACCAUUCGAGAGUCUCCACUUUUGAUAAUGGGGCGAAAGUAGGGAGGAGCAAGAAGAUCGUGUUCUGGCCUCUGAGCCGUCCAACAAAGGAGAUGAUGGCUAGUUGUGGCUUCUUUUUCACUCCCAAGAAAGACCAGACCGAUUGCGCCACUUGCUUUGGGUGUAACAAAUCACAGUACGGUUGGAGUCAAGACGAGCACCCUUGUGCUUCUCAUCUUGAGCAAUCACCCGACUGUUUUGCCUCGACAAUCCUACUUGCAGCUACGACGAGAUCUGGUGAUCAGGCGUAUGAUUGGAGCAAAAAUCCUCGUUUCCGUGACCCAGCUAACACGGAGGUGGUUGCCCUUAUCCGUGCUACCUAUGGCGAUCUGUGGCCGUACGACAGGCCCAAAUAUAAAAGCUAUCCCUCCAGCGAUGUCAUGGCAGCUGCAGGAAUGUACUACAGUCCUAUGUAUGUGGGUGAUGACACUGUGACGUGCCUUUAUUGUGGAUCAGGCUUGGAAGGCUGGGAGGAGAACGAUGAUCCGUUAGACGAGCACCAGAGAAGAGUGCCGAAUUGCUACUUCUUUCAGGCAACACAGCCCGGAACAGCUUCUAAGAAUGUGUAUACGAAGGUUGAAGAUGAUGUUGGCGAAUGGGACAACGAUGAUUCGCUUUUGGAACUAGGUUCUAUAGAGCAUGGUGGACUGUUGAGUGAACUUUCGCUGGACGAGCAUUUUGUGGACCAAGAUGCCCACGUCCCUACCUUGAAUCAUGUGUUGACAAAAUCACCAAGACCUGGUAAAGGGGUGCCGAAAAUCGCAAGAAGAAGGACUCCUUCGUCGCGGCCGGUGAGUUCCGAUCGGUCCUCGAGUGCCUCAACUUUGAGGAACUCAAGUCCCUUGAGGUCUCAAGAGGAACAUCUAGAAGAACCACGUCAUCAUUCGGACAAGGAGGAAAGUCUUGCUGGUUUUGAAACUGCAAAUUUGGGCAUGGAUGUUGAUGUGGUUCCCAACAGUUUCGCCCCAGUUGAGGAGAUUGUUCUGGAGAAUGUCCAGAAAAAAGAGAUAAGCUCUUUAGAGAAACCGAUUGCUGAGGAACCAUUAGUUGAUUCUGAUCAAAAUCCGGUUGAUGAGAUGACAGAGACUCCCAUAGAACAGAUGUCUGCAAUCUCAGAGCCUGAAGAAUUGCCAGUGAGAGUCACCCGCAAGAAGAUCAUUAAAAGAGUCGCGUUCUCCGACGAUGAUCCGUUCGACCUAUCUGAUGGUAACGAUGAAUCUUAUGUUGAUGACGAGUUUAUUCCUGAGGAGAAGGAGGAAACCUUGAGACCGGUAUCUAGAGGGUCCAGAAAGAAACAGCCAUCAAAGCCUGUGGCACCGGAAACCGUCAAACCAAAGCAACCGUCAAAGAAAAAGGCAACCGUGAAGAAAACGAAGAGUCCUGCUGAGCCAGCGGAAGAUAAGGAGAACCAAACAGCUAAGACGAAGGGAAAGUCUAAGAGAUUGAAUGCAAAGCAAAAAGGCUCCAAAUCAACAACAGAAUUAAGCUCUGAUAAGUCGGAAAGGCCAACCCUAUCUCUGAUCUCUCUGCUUAGCAGUGAUAACGAUCUAAAAACAAAUGAGAAGUCAAACGAAAAGUCAAACGAAAAGGCUGCUUCAGAUACUAGGGUGGUUUUUGAAGAACUUCAUGGGUCGGCUACGAAAGCCAAUUUCUCCAGAUUGAAUCUGGCUGAAGGUGUCGAUCAACUUCCUGAAAAGAAGAAAAUCGAUUUCAUAAGUCCUGAGCGUAAACCUGUGCCGACGAAUUUCGACCUGCUCAACUCCGUCAAGGCCGUUUCGCGAACCAGACUUCCUACUCUGUCUCCGCUUUCUGACAGGAGGAACCCAGACAUAUCGAAUAUCUUUGCCAGUCCUUCGAAAUCCGAGGCCAUUAUUAUAGGCUCGCCAUUGAAGUCUGAAAUGAAGAGUUCUUCCUCGAUUGAUGCCUCCACAUUGGCAAUGUCCCCGGUCAAAUAUAGGAGCAUUGUUCAGAACUUCAGGGCUAAUGAGGCUGAUGACGAUCUAAAAUCUGCUCACAGUUCGAAGCCCAUCACGGCUACUCUUCCCUCGUCUCCACCACCCAAACAUGCAUAUGACGAAAACGAAGUUGACGAUGAUGAUGACAUUCGCAUGGAUGACCAUCUACUUUUGACUGACGACAGUGUCAUUCUGGAAGAUCUGGAUUACAGACCUUCUGAACCAAGAAACAGCAGCUACAGACCCUUCGUUGGAAAGAGCUCGAUUAUUAAACCAUCAUCGGAAACUCAAGAUCAAGCAUCUGCCAAUUUCAGCAGUUUCAAUCGCCAUGCCAACCUUCUCACGAGUCCCGAGGCCCAGAGCACUCCACCAGGCGGUGUCAAAAAGGCAAUAUUUAAGCAGUCUUUGUCUGCUCUUUCUCGCUCGUCUCCAUCUCCUCUAGAGAAGCCAGAUUUGAGGAGCAAAAACAGCUCAUUGUUGGAAUUGAGCAUCAAAAAUGUGGAGGCUGUUGAGCAGAAAUCGCAUGUGUCUAGCACAUCUGUGGAACACUCGUUGCUUGCUGAAAUGUCGAGUAGAAAUUCACCUACAGAUAAGGAUUUGAAAAACGCCUCAUUUAAAGAGGCCUCAAACACAGGCCUGGCUGCAGAGGCUAUUUCAAAGACUAACUCGAUUAGAGAGGAAUCUCCCAUUAUAGUCUCGACUAGAGAGGAAGCUACAGUAGAGAAUGCUCUAUUGGAAAAGCCUCCAUCAGAGAAGACUUCAAUAGUGGAAGCUCCUCCUUCGCAACAGGUUGCGAAUUUUGAAAAGGAUGUGGAUUUUGAUAUUCCCAACCCCCAAAGUAUGAGAGUGAGUACUCUGGACACUCAGGUCGAGAAGCCCAAGUGGACUGCUGAACUACAUCGGCCAACCGAAGUGAUCGAGAACCAAAAACUGGCAACCUCGUAUCUCACAGACCUUCUGGAAGGGCCAGCCGAGUCGCUAUAUAACGAUCCUUAUGGCGAGCUCACUCAAUUCAUCAACUCCGUACCGAGCAACGAGCUGAAUAUGACAUUCAAGCAAUGGAUCCAUUUCGACUCCAGCAGGGGUAAACAGAAGUUCCUUGAGAACACUGAAUCUAUGAUAGAGGAGCUGAGGGAGCAGGUCUCGAUGGCUACCGCUUAUCUACAGAAUAUGAGCUGA